GUCGUUCUCAAUUGGUUUAUGGGUGUAAAAAAAUGAUAUUUACGCAAUACCGACCGUUCAAUUAUCAACACGUGAUUUGUUAUUUACCUGUAAUCUAACAGUCAAAAGAGUUACUUCCCUUACUCUAGUGCCGUUGCGUGAUUGGUCAAUUGUGGAUGACGUCACGUUAGGUCAUACAACCCGGCGGAAGACAAGCCGAAACUAUACGCAUAGUGCAUCAGACAGUAAUAUCUGUUACUUUGUAAAAGGAUCGCUUUGAAAGAGCAAUGGAGACUGACCCUAGUGAAAACGAUAUCGAAUUCACGGUUGCUCCAUAUCAGUUUGAGCCGAUUUCAGUGUCUACCGGCGCAGAAAGCGAGGACAUAACCAGCGAAGAAGAAAACGAGAGCGACAGUGCCGACAGUAACGAGGUCCAGGAUCUGCAUGUUGAUCAAUGGUGUGACUGCGGUCAUUGUGGUCAAAUGCCAACCAACUUGGAAUGCAGAUGUUGCUGCAGUUUCAACCUGUGUCAGGAAAAGAUGGAGCAGGGUAACCUUACAUGCAUCACCGAGCAUGAAGCAUUCCAGGUGAAUUGCCUGAAUAGGCAUGUUCUGGAACUGGCAUUCUAUGAACACCUAGACAACAAUGGACCUAUUGGAGAUGAGGAGCCAGUUCAUGAGCUGUAUCGCUACAUUGCGUAUCGCCGUUUUGUUCGAUGGGUGUGGCACAGACUUGGUAGGAAGCAAAGAAAAGUUCUCCCAUCAUGUGUGGUACUAAAGAUCCGGAAGACCUUUCCAUCAGAGGAUUACACAGGUUUCAAGUAUCCAAGGGACUACUAGUAUGUGAAGGUGUUAAUCUUUUGUUGAACCGUGACUUGUGUGAUCUCACUGCUUCUGUGACAUCAACGCGAUUGGCAAGAGUCGCUGGUAAAGGAGGACAGUUUUCUCUCUUCAUUUUUCUUGCCUGCUCAUAUGUUGGAAAAGCUUCCCUCAGACUGAAUGCUUCAUCAACGAGUUCUGUGACGUAGUCUGAAAAACACAGAUGUAAUAAAACUGUAAAGCAAUUCCUUAACAUGUAGUGAAAUUAAAAUGUUUUGAUUUUUGAGCAAA